ACUAAUCAAGAGAGAGUCAGAGCUUCACUUAUUAACAGGCCUGAUGCGCUCCCACUGAAAGUCAUCUGGAGUCCUCCCACUGCAUUACAUGGGCUCCAAGGCAUAGCAUUAGACAAGUGAACCACUCAGUCUGGUGCCUUGAAUCGUCCGCCCUUCUGCUCUGUUGGACAUGCAUCCAGCUGCACAACACCACUUACCUCACUGCCUCACGGCCUCUCCACUGCCGAGGGCCGGUGGCCAACUGCCAAGGCCAACCUCCAACGCCCGUCGCCGUUGCCAAGGGCAGCGCGCGGCUGUCUGGGCACAAUGGCAGGCGCGGUGCCCUGAGGCGGGCUUGGGGUCGGUGGUGGCCGCAGAAAUUCCUUCCUUAGAUGAAGCCAUUUUUCCUCACUCAAGGAUGCUACCAGUAGAUGACAGACUUCUAGACUUACAGAUCUACAAGCUUCUCCAGUGUGUCCACCAGAAAGACAAGAAGCAAAUAGAAAAGCUGGUCCAGCACGGCUUCCCCAACCUCAUUAAUUUCACAGAGCCUACAGAUGGGUACAGCGCCCUCUCUUUGGCCUGCACCAAGAAUGACACCGACAUCUGCAGCUUCUUGCUACAGCUGGGAGCUCAUCCAGAUGUCCAGGACAAAAUGGGACGUACUCCAGCAAUGAGGGCAGCUGAGCUAGGCCAUGAAUUGGUUCUGGACUUACUAGUAAAAGCUAAAGCAGAUAUGACUGUUGUUGAUAAUGAAGGGAAAGGUGUUUUGUUUUACUGCAUUUUACCUACAAGACGUCAUUAUCAUUGCACUCAAAUUGCCCUGGAUUAUGGUGCAGAUCUUAACAACUGUACUACUGAUGGGAAGCCUAUAUUUCUACAAGCCUGUGAGCAAGCUCAUGAUAUUAAAGAAAUAUGUCUGAAUUUCUUGGAAAGAGGAGCAAAUCCCAAUUCAAGAGACCCAGCCACGGGUCGCACAGCCUUAAUGGAAGCAGCACGAGAAGGUGUUCUUGAGCUGGUGCGUGGUAUACUUGAGAGAAGAGUUGACGUUAACGUAUUUGACAAUGAAAGACACAAUGCUGCACAUUUUGCAGCCAAAGGAGGCUUUUUUGAGAUCCUGAGGAUUAUUUCAGCUUAUAAUGGAGACUUGGGCCUGAUCGCUAUGAACGGUAACACACCACUUCAUUACGCUGCAGAGGGAGGAUUUGCAAAUUGCUGCAAGUUUAUAGGACAAAGAGGCUGUGAUCCUACGUGGACAAACUUGUUGGCAAAGACUCCAAGAGCUGUUGCCAAGGAAGGCGGUUUUAAAGCAGCAGUAACCGAAUUGCGUAAAAUUGAAAAUAACUUUAAAAAACAGUCCAAGCCCGGAGCUAAGGAGAACAACCCCCAGUGGGCACUGAGGCUAUACGACUGGUCCUUAGAGCACCAGGCUGCCCUCCGGAAGGCAUUUGAGGCCGUCGACCAAGGAGAUGGAACAGUAGCUAAGGAUGAUUUCAUAUCAGUUAUUCAGAAGCGGUGUGCCUUUGUGGACACUGAGCAAAUACGAACUAUUGCUGAAGCACAUGAAAGAUCUGACCCUGAAGGAAUCAACACUGAAGAAUUUUUUAAAGGCUCAAAAUACUUGCAGAAAAACUGUCUUAUAACAUCUUAUGGACCCAAAGGGAAGAAAGGAAAGAAAGGGAAGAAACGAAGAGGCAAAAGAGGCAUUGCCGUCCCCAUGCCAAUUUGCAUUAUUCCAAAGAGUGCGUGUCCACUUAGGGAAGAUGGCUUCCCUGUAUACAUGAUUGAGGCUGUUCAGAACAUUGCUGAUAGCUAUCGUUUUAACCGAGACCACCCAUCUGCCCACCCCGUGCACGACGACCGUGCCUGGUAUAUAGAUGAACCAAGGAAAAUGUACAUGAACAUUAACUUCCUUGUCAGGGCAGGAGACGUUCUGUCUCUACAGAAAGCAUUUGAGGAGGGUGUGCCAGUAGACAUAAAAGAUAAGUAUUACAAAACACCUUUGAUGGCUGCAUGUGCAAGUGGGAACAUAGACUUUGUGCAGUAUCUUCUGGAAAAGGGGGCCGACGUGAAUGCAACAGAUAAUUUCAUGUGGACUCCCCUCCACCACGCUUGCUAUAAUGGACAUCUAGAGAUUGCUGAGCUGAUAGUGAAGGCUGGAGGAGCAGUGAAUGCACCUGCAAUAGGCAAUGCAACCCCACUAAUGAGAGCCAUUGAGAUCUGUAGAUUGGACGUGGUACAUUUUUUAAUCAAUGCAGGUGCUGACAUCCAAACAACAAACAGCAAUGGAAAGAACGCUCUUGAUAUUGCUAAGGUAUUUGCAGAUUCUAGAAUAAUCGAUCUGCUUCAAAAUAAACUGGACAAUUUGCUAAAGGUAUCAGAAAAAAAAAGGAGCAGAGAAAGAAAAAGUUGCAAAGCCAAGGUCACCUUCUACACUGACACCUGGAGAGACGCAAGCUGUGAAAAAAGAGUUGUAGAAAAACCUGAUCUUGAAAAGGCAGCAGAUUCCCUUAAAAACAGUGUUAUUUAUCUGAACUCGCUGAUAACCAGUGGUGCUACUAAGAAAGAAGACAUCGCAUUCGAACCCAGAAAAAUUUGGACCCCUGAAGCCACAACAAAGGAGCUGGUAAGAAAGCAAGAAUUGCUCCAGGAGCGCUCUACUCUUCAUGGCAACUCAGAAGUCUUCUUGACCCCCUUUAAGAGAAAAGUUAUCAAAUAAGCAUAUCAGCUACAAGAAGCUACUUCAACACAUUUCAAGAGGACAAAGAUCAAAGAAGGCUACACCUUUGUAAGAAAGGAAUCAUGUAGUGCUUAGUAAAUGCAUCUCAGUUAUGAUAAAAUGUCUAGCAGGUUUUUCCUCUGUAAAUUACGUUGCUUAUACAGACUUUUGUUAAGAGCUUAGUACUGAAAAAGGUUUAUCCUCAUUAUUCUAAGUACUGGACCUCAGUGUAUUUUACGGAACAGCAACUUGUGACGCAUUCUUUUUAAGGGGUUGGCUUUAUGAGGCUAUUUUUCACCCCAAGAUAAAACUUUUUCAUAGACAGUUAUAGGGUUGCCCUUCCCACUGAAAGGGCAUUAAAAUAUAAGGAUAGGAAUAUGGGAUUUCAGAUUUCAGACAUGUUUUUGGUUGUCUGCAAAGUCAAGAGAAAAUAUAGGAGUUAAUAGCCCAGACUACCACUGUUGAGUAUGCUGCCUUAAUGUUCUAUCUCAGACACAUACCUCUUCCCUCACUCACUGAGGAUAUAAUACCCAACCGCACUGUUAUCAGGAUAAUUGGAUAUU